AUGCAAGCAUUUGUAAACGUAAGUCGACACAAUAAGUAAAAUCUAUUUAAUUAUUGUACACAAAUAGUACUUGAUUAACAUUAGAUAUAUUUAUAUACUUAGAAAGGCCAACAAGAAACUACACAAGAUUUAAAAAAUACAAUAUCUUGUCAAAAAGAAAAAUUAUGUCAAUUAAUGGAUAAAUUAAGAACACACGAUGAAGUGGUUACUGAGAGGAAUCACUUACGAACAAUAGUCAAGGAUUUUGUGCAAUGGAGUGAAAAAAAUGAUGUAAAUCGUAAGGAAGUGUUUACUGAAUUAUUAACUUCAUUUGAAGAUCAAGCUGAUAAGCUUAAGAAUGCUGCAACUGUAGAGUGUACUUGGCAAGUUAAGUAUAGCGAGUUACAAAAUAUUAAGGAUGCCAUUGCUGAUGAGUUAAAAAAUAUAAAAUCAAAUAAAAGACAACUUAAAUCUAAGUUAGAAAACGCCGAGAAAAAUAAUAAAUGUAUUCAAAACGAAUUAUGGGAAGUUAAAGUAAAUAUAUAAUUCAUAUUAAUAGCUGGUAUAAAAUAUUAUUUGAUACUUAUCACAAUAGUUAUUAUUGUGAUAAGUACCUACUAAUAAAGAUUUAGAUCUAAACGUAAUAUAGGUACAUAAAUAAUGUUUUAUAUGUAUAUAAAUUGAUUAACCUUACCUAACCAAAUACCUACAAGUAACCAUUGUUGGGAGUGGUCAGAUUAGAUUUCCCUUCAAAGAGAAUAUUGUCUAGUUCCCCAUUUGACAUUUUUAUAAUCAUAAAGGUAUUAGGCAUAGGUAUUAUAUAUUACUGUCACAGUAUUUUUACAUAGAUUAAAAUUCCAUGUAGGUAACUACUGUUUUUAUAAAAUUACCGAACUAUAUAAACAUCUAUGAAAACCAAAUUAACUAAUAAAAUUAAUACAAUUAUUAGUAGUCAUUAUGUAAUAAUAAAUAUAAAUGUAUUACUAUAAAUACUUUUUUAUAGAAAAAUAGAUAAAUGAAUUGAUAUUAUAUAGUAGUGGCCAUGAAAAUAAUCACAAACAUGAAAAAUUCAAAAGAGUUCAUCAUAAGUAAACGUUUGUAACAGAACAAUUUUAUUUAAAAAUAAAUUUAUAAAAUAUAAGAAUCAUAGUGCAAUUAUAUACUAUAAUAAUUAUUACAAAAAAAAAAAAAUCAUGAUAAAUAUAUUGUUUUUUAGUUAGAAUGUGCAGAGUUGGAAGACAAAAAAUGUAUUAUUGAAAAAUUGAAAGCAAAUUUGAAAUCUAAUGAAGAGGAACUUUGUAAGAAAUGUAAACAAAAUGAUGAUUGUAUAAAAGAAUGUAAUCAACUGAAAGAGGCAAAUGAAAUGCUUGAAUUAAGUCUAAAAUGUACAAAAUCAAAAUUAGAUGAUGCAAAAUUAAAUGCAACAUGUGCUGAAGAAAAAUGGAAACUUGAACGAGAAGCAUUAUCCUGUGAGUUAAAUAUGAAAUGCAAGGAAUUAGAUGAAUUGGUGACUAAAGUUCAUGAUGAUGAAAUUAAAAUUAAUAAAUUAAUGACAACAUUAAUUGAAUUGAAAAAAGCGAGUUCAAAAAAAUUCAAUGAAUUGAAUAAUCAGGCCAAAAAAUUACAAGAAGAAAUGUAUACAAAAGAAAAUUAUUCUAAUUCCUUAAAAAAAAAUGAUAAUAAACAACUUAAACGGUAA